GACUCCCUUAGCACUGCAAGUGCAGUCCUUGCAGCCGUCGAGGAGGAGAAGAGCUUGGGCCAGAGGGGCAGGGGCGGACGUGGUGGGAAAGGCCGUGCAAGCAGGAAUGGCACCAACGCCGAACCUCGGGCCAAGGGACAAUCCAAGGCCAAAGUCCAGGCGGACGCGUGGAGGGGCGUCAGCGGGUGCCAAGCUGCUGCACGGCGAGCGCUGGAGGGCAUCGGCCAACAGGGGCAAGGGAACCCGUGCAAGUGGCCGGGCGUCUUCUGCGAGAGAGGUUGUGUUGCCAAGCUUGAGAUCUUAAACGCCACGGGCCGGCUGGAGGCGCUCCGCGACCUCACACGGCUCACGUUUUUGCGCCUUGAGAGCCCGAGAGCGCAGCUCACAGGGCACUUGUCGGACUUGUCCAACAUGCCACUCCUGCGCAAAUUGGAUCUCGAGAACCUCCCUGUCACCGGGCCAUUGGAUGUGCUGGGACAGCUGAAGGUGCUGGAAAACGUGUACCUGGGCGGCACCCAAGUAAAAGGCGAUCUACGAGCCCUCAGCGACCUGAGAGAGCUAGUCGUCUUGGGCCUCUCAGAAACGCAAGUGACCGGAGAGUUGGAUGCCUUGGGCCAGCUGCACAGUUUGCAGCGCUUGUACUUGUCGGAUACCCAGCUGACAGGGGAGCUCACCGACCUCUCUUCUCUGAAACACAUCAGGACGUUGGAUUUGUCACGGACACAAGUUGCAGGCGACUUAAAUGCACUUGGGCAGAUGAGCUUUCUGAAAGUCUUGCGCCUGCCGAAGACCGACGUGACCGGGGAGCUAAAGGCGUUCGUAGGCCUGAACGCCUUCGAGUAUCUCGAGGAGCUGGACUUAUCCCGAACCCAGGUGGCAGGCGACUUUGAAGCGCUGUGGCUUCUUGAGUCGCUCCGGAAGGUAUGCCUUGCCCACAGCCGCGUCUCGGGCACUGUGCAAGUCAAUGGCUUCAGCGCGCUUCAACAACUGGACUUAUCCGGAACUGCGGUCACCGGCUGGGUGGCGAGCAUGGAUGAUUGCUGCGAGAAUCUGCUCGAGAUAAACCUGGCGGGCAGCAAGAUCAGCAUCAUCCUGGACGACGAAGUGGAUGCCGCCGGCAACGACAUUUACUCGAAUAAGGUUCUGCUUCCCAAGCUCCACAAGCUUGAUGUCAGCAACACAUCUCUGAACGCCUCGGUAUCUCAGCUGCUGCAUUCGCUGGUGGAUGUCCCCAUCACAACCCUGGUAGCCAACAACUGCAGUGUCCGCGGAGCAAUCCCUCGAUUAGCCACCGUCGGCUCCAGUGGCAAGAAGUUGGGUUUCAAGCACAUGGUGCUGAGCCAGACCCUGCAGACGCUGGAGCUUGCGGGCAACAACGUCACUGAUCUCCAAUUCCUUCCUGCCUGCUUGCGCAUGGACCUCAGCAGGAACUUGGGUCCUGUGAGUAUCUCCCCGUCAGCCCUCGAAGAAGCCGCAAGAACUGACCUGGAUUUUGACCUAGCGCACACGGAGCUUGCCAACGUUGAGGAGGUCCGGUCAUUGCUGACGAAGCAGCUCCCGCUAGAGCCAGACAGGUCCUUCGUCAACGAAACAGGCGGCUACGUUUGCUCGCAGUUCGCUGCGUCGACGCUGAAGGUCACCCCAGACAGAUUCAUGCCCUUGGAGAUGUGCGUUUGCCGAGCAGGCUAUUUUGGCGUCGGGACGUCGUGCAAACCUUGUCCCGAAGAUACCUUCUCAGACAGUGAUGGGCAAGAGGUGUGUCAAGCGUGCCCUGCGCACAGUCAUUCCCAAGCAGCAGCAUCAUCUCUUCAUUCUUGCGACUGUGACUUUGGAAAGCCCAAGCUCCAAAACGGUCGCCGGCAAUGUGCUUGUGGCAAGCACACAGCGCUUUCGGAUGGGGCGUGUGCUCCAUGCAGCAAGCUCCAUUUGCAGUGCAAUGGCACCGGCCACAUCGCCGAGGAGGCUUUUCCCGAGUCUGGGUACUCCCGGCUUGCGACGGCCGGCGUCUUCCGAUGCUUGCAUGCCUCUCGAUGCCCCGGUGCGCCUGCCUGUGCAACCGGAUACUCCGGCCCACUUUGUGUCGAUUGUGCUCCGGGGUUCCGCUCCACUGGCACCGCUUGUGCCGAGUGCUUGGACCUGCAUGGGGAGUCGAUAAGCUUCCUCUCCUUUGCGCUGCUGGGCGUGCUGUGCUUAGCCGGCGCCGCUGCCAUCGCCUAUGCUUGCAGGGGCCGCUUUCCUAGUCCUGGCCUGACUUCGCAAUGCGCCGGCCGCCUUUUCGUAACCCAGGCGCCUGUGCUGUUGCAGCUGGCGCAGCUUUGGUCAGUGAUGGG